CCUGAAGGGAAUAGAAAUGUCGACGUAGUCUUAAAAGCGAUCGACAGAUAACCUUUGUCUUUCUUGUCCCAGUCCCAGUCCAGCCUUUCCAGUGUUCAGCUGCUGCUAAACCCAGCCAAAACCCAGUCGAAAACCUGCCGCAGCUAAAUCUAGGUAGCCUUACAAUCGAUAAUCGAUAAAUCGAACAUCGAACAUCGAAAAUGGCCCAUCCCUCAACUCCCUCGUCCAUUUCGCACUCCCUUUUUGGCGGCCCUUCCAACUCCGCUAACCCUCCCUACGCUCCCUCCGCGCCCUCCUCCGUAACACCGUCAACCUCAAAUGCGCCGACUCCCGUAUCUGCUAUGUCUGCCGUGUCGUCGAAUAACACCUUCGUUAUGCCAAACUCGCCCAUGAAAAGUAGGCCUAUGAUGGAUGGUUACCGACCGAAAGUGACGCGAACUCUCGGCCAGCGGCCUGCUUGUUUGGUCAACGCAUCGGUUACAUAUUGUGGAAAUAAUCAAAUCUAUGCUUUCGGCGGAUUUGAUCAGUACACAGAUGAGGUCUACAACCACGUAUUAAAACUUGACCUCGUUAGCCACCAGUGGAGUCUUGUGGACAACUAUGGGGAUAUCCCUGGCGUAAGAAUGGGACAUACUGCUACUUUGUAUCAGGGUGAUAAGCUCCUAGUUUUCGGCGGUGAGAAUGAGCAUAGGACGUAUCUUUCCGAUCUCAUAGUAUUCGAUCUGAAGACCGCUCAUUGGACGCAGCCCCACGUCUCCGGUCCCGUUCCGAAGGGUCGAGCUAGACACGCGGCGGUCUUGCACGAAGACAAGUUGUUCAUCGUUGGUGGCAUAACAGGCCAUGAGAGCUAUGUCUCGGAAGACAUAUGCUAUUUAGACUUGAAGACCUACACCUGGUCGAGAUCAUGGCGCUUCGUUCCCAGAUUCGACCACUCGGCCUAUAUAUGGGGCGAUCGAGUCUGGGUAUUUGGCGGAUUAAGUAGGGACAUGGACAAAAUCGGCGAUUUAUGGUGGCUUGACCUCAAAGGCAGCCCGGAUUUCGAAUCUCCGCCGCAAAUCGGGAGCUCCGCUCCUGACCGACAAGCAUCGACAAGCCGUCCCGGCGAUUCCCCACGGCCGUCUUAUUCGAUUGGUUCAGCUCCACCUAUUGGAGCUUCAGGCUUUGCAGCUAACAUCCGGACAGCUCAGGUCAACACCCCUUCAUUCCAUCUAAAGAGACAGGUUCCGAUGGCCCCCGGCCCGAUCUCCGUCCUAAGAUUCAUAUCCGGCGGAAAUAUUCCGUCUCAAGGUUCCGGUAUCCAUUUUCACAUCUACUCCUCGGGUACGCUCUUAGAUUUCGUCACCCCGGUUGCGACGAUUACUUCGAAGGAAUGUUCCUUAUCGGCCUUGGAUCUAGCUACGUUGAGAUGGCAGAAACUGGCCGAGGGCCGGGAAAUUUUCAAGUCGGGUUAUCAAUGGCAUUAUUGCACUAUGAAUGAAGAUGGGACGAAAGCCUGGCUGCUAGGAUGCCCGACCGACGCAGUUAACGACAUGGGACCGAAUGGUUUUGAGGAGUAUCUAAGUGAUAUAAUGGAAAUUGAUCUGCGACGAUAUGGCUUUUUAGGAAACAACGCGAGCUCUGAACUUCGGGCGGACCAUGCUAGACCAACCUCCCACGCUCGGAUUCAAGAUCAGCCCUCGAAAGGACUCGGUCACGAUCUUGCCAAACUUUUCAAUCAGCCACCGGAGACCGGAAGUGGAACUGACUUCACAAUAACCGCUCUUGCCGGUGAUGACUACGACGAAGACGACAUGAUGGGUUCGAGUCUUAUUCGAGCAGGGGAAUCACCAAUGGACCAAAAUUGGCUCACGCCUGAUGCGCCCACUUCUGCCCCGAUUCAUGUUCACAAGCUCAUCCUCCAAGCUAGAUGGCCGCACUUUGCCAGGCUGUAUAAUGCGCAGAUGGCAGAGUUCCACACAAAGAAGAUGCACAUUCCGGAGCCCUACACUGUAGUCAAGGCAUUCUUAUACUACCUCUACACGGACAGCAUCCAUGCCGACGACGGCGUGACCGAUCUUUCGGACGUCGCGGGAUUGUUGGUCAUGUCCAACAUUUACAAUAUACCCCACCUACGCCUUCUCUGCGUGAAUCGACUAUCAAAGGAGCUUGACGUAGAGCACGCAUGUAUUAUCUGGUACUGCGCAGGACUGGCGAGCGAGGAUUGGCUUCGUAAGAGAGCCGCACAAUUCUGUCUAACACACUGGGGCCGUAUCGUACGCACCCAGGGGUUCCUGCGCUUACCGCGAUCAGCUCUAGUCGAGCUAUCACAAGAGAUCGACAUGGAGGGCAGGGUCAUCGGAGGUGACGAGUUGGAAUAUGUGGAUAACUGCCGUGGCCGAUUCGAUGCAUCCGGUGUCUCGCGAAAAGAUAGCAUCAGCAGCGACCACACGCAAGCUCUACCUUCCGACGUUGACGACUCGGAGGGAAUGGACCUCGCAUAGCAAUGCAUGCUGGAGAUCAUGCAAUAUAGGGGUCUCCAAUAAUAACAAAUAUUCAACAUCAGCAACGCGACUUACGACAAACAAGCAUACAUACACACAUUCAAGCAUAUGAAUAUCGCUCUAUUCGGUCGCGCCUUUAGCUCAGCUACUAUAUAUGCUUACCUACCCAAGUACCUCGCAAAGAGGACUACAAUUUAUGGAUAUCCGGAAUACACCUGGCGUGUAUCCUCUCACGAACUCAACGGAAACGACGCAUCCAUUAUUACCUUUUUAUAUUGUUAACCCACACCCCUUUCUCCUUGUUUUUUUGCACACCUAGGCGAGGUGUUGAGAUUGGGCUUCGAGCAUGGCUUCGGCGUUUUUGGGAUGGGAUGGAUAUCAAUGAG